CGUUGGUCCUGCGUCUCGAACAUUUGUAAAUACCUGCUUUGGAAGUCUACAAACAAACCAUAUUGCAUUCUCCCUACAUUCUUUUUUGGCUACACUUCUUUUUUUGAUCUCCUCAGUGAUUCAUCCGGACUUUUGCUAUUCGCCUUGCGCGGACUCUACCGAAACACUCCAGUGCAUAAUGCAGCACGCCGAUUGUUCCUCCCGGUGAUACCAAAGAACAUACAUACCCCUUGACCAUCCACGACGCCCUGUAAAAUGCGCUUCUCCACCAGCGCUAUUGCAGCUUUGGCUGCUUUUUCCUCGAUUCCUCUCACCAUUGCCUCCGUAGGCACCCCUCUUCACGAAGUCGGUCGAUGCGCAAUACGAGGUCACUGUGGCAAACAAGGGUUUUUUGGAUCUGACUUGCCCUGUCCCGACAAUGACAAAGCAUCUCCUCCUUCUGACACACUGCGCGAGAAGUUGGUUGACCUCUGCGGAACGAAAUGGGAGGACACCGAUGUGUGCUGUGAGGAGGAUCAGGUCGAUACUUUGAAAAAGAACCUCAAACUAGCAGAGCGCAUCAUCGCAUCGUGUCCAGCUUGCAAGGAGAACUUCUUCAAUAUUUUCUGCACCUUCACUUGUUCGCCGGACCAGUCCCUCUUCAUCAAUGUGACGGAAACUGGAAAGGCUAGCAAUGGAAAAGAUGUGGUGACCGAGCUUGAUAACAUAUGGUCAAAAGAAUAUCAGAGUGGAUUUUACGACAGUUGUAAAGAGGUCAAAAAUGGCGCCAGUGGUGGUAAAGCCAUGGCUUUCAUCGGAGGCGGCGCGGAAAACUACACCGAGUUCUUGAAGUUCUUGGGCGACAAAAAACUCCUGGGCAGUCCGUUCCAGAUCAAUUUCCUGGAUGAAGCACGGCAUGAUGAUUCAGAGGGCAUGAAACCAGAGGAUCCUCGUGUCUAUGCCUGCAACGAUACGAACCCGGAUUAUCGGUGCAGCUGUGUAGACUGUCCUGCUGUGUGCCCAACAUUAGAGCCCGUCAGUUCAGCCAAGUCUUGUCACGUCGGAAAGCUGCCGUGCCUGUCUUUUGCAGUGGUCAUCAUCUACUCUGUUGCACUCCUCCUCCUCAUCACGGCCAUAUCUGGUCAUGUGGCAUAUCGGAAACAUAAGCAGUGGAAGAGUGAGAGACUACAAUUAUUACAAGAUGCUGCACCAAGCGAUGAUGAGGACGAGGGCGAUCUUGUACACAACCCCGGACUUCUAGAGCGACCUCAAAGGAAUUACUAUUUGAACCAGGUCUUCGACCGAGCCUUCAACAAAUUGGGCGGUUUUUGCGCUCGCUACCCGGCCUUGACAAUCGGUACUAAUAUUGUCAUUGUGGGACUUUUGAGUAUAGGCUGGGUACGAUUUGAGGUCGAAAGAGAUCCUGUUCGGUUGUGGGUUAGCCCUAGUUCCGAUGCAGCUCAAGAGAAGGCUUUUUUCGAUGCAAACUUUGGUCCGUUCUACAGAACAGAGCAGGUUUUCCUCGUCAACGAUAGCUCUCCCACCGGCUCUGUUCUCAACUAUGACAACCUCGACUGGUGGUUUGAUAUUGAACAGCGCGUCUCUCGCAUGAUGACACCCGAGAAUGGCAUUACACUCAAGGAUGUCUGCUUCAAGCCGACCGAAUCGGCUUGCGUUGUUCAGUCCGUCAGUGGAUGGUUCGGAGCUGGUUUGACUAGUGACUGGGAAGAUCAGAUCAAUCUUUGCGCUGCCCAUCCCGGCGACCAAAGAUGCCUGCCCGAGUUCAUGGACCCACUCCAGCCUGGUCGUGUCUUGGGAGGGUAUGAUAACGUUGACAACAUCACCCAAGCGAAAGCAAUGUUUACUACAUGGGUUGUCAACAACGAUCAGCCUGGAACAGAGGGAGAGGCCAGAGCUGAAGAAUGGGAACGUGCUCUUAAGCAUGAACUGCUUAUUUACCAAGAAGCUGCGAGAUCUCGAGGCCUCCGACUAUCUUUCAAUACUGAAAUUAGUCUGGAGGAGGAACUGAACAAAUCAACAAAUACAGAUGCCAAAAUUGUGGCCAUCAGCUAUGUUGUCAUGUUCAUCUACGCCUCUCUUUCUUUAGGAUCAGCCAGUCUGUCACUCAAGUCUCUUCUCGGCAAUCCUUCCAAUGCUUUGGUUCAAUCCAAGUUUACCCUAGGCGUGGUUGGUAUUGUCAUCGUCCUGAUGUCCGUCUCUGGCUCGGUUGGCUUGUUCUCCGCAGUGGGUGUGAAGGUCACAUUGAUCAUUGCGGAGGUCAUUCCAUUCUUGGUGCUCGCGGUCGGCGUGGACAACAUCUUCCUCAUUGUUCACGAGUUUGAACGAGUCAAUGUCAGUCAUCCAGAUGAGGAGAUCGAUCAGCGUGUCGCAAAGGCACUUGGCAGAAUGGGCCCCAGCAUCCUCCUCUCGGCAUCGACAGAAACCAUAGCCUUCGCUAUGGGUGCAUUUGUUGGCAUGCCGGCUGUCAAAAACUUCGCCGUGUAUGCCGCAGGGGCAGUGUUCCUGAAUGCAUGUUUACAAGUGACAAUGUUUGUCUCCAUUCUGGCGCUCAAUCAACGACGAGUGGAGAGUCUCAGGGCUGAUUGCUUCCCUUGCAUCACCGUACGCGGUGCCAACUCCGUCAGCAUGCCUGGAGGGCAUUUCUUCGGAUCUGAUGAAGAGGGCUGGCUGCAGAAGUUCAUUCGCAAGUCAUAUGCCCCGACACUACUCGACAAGAAGGUCAAGACCUUUGUGGUGGCGUUCUUCGUGAGUAUCUUUGCCGCCGCCAUUGCGCUUCUACCGGGGAUUCAACUCGGGCUAGACCAGCGUAUUGCACUGCCCAGCGACAGCUACAUGAUUCCGUACUUUAAUGACAUGUACGCUUAUUUUGGGUCCGGUCCACCUGUGUACUUUGUCACGCGAAAUGUUAAUCUCACGGAGCGAGCACAUCAGCGGCAAGUCUGCGGACGCUUCACGACUUGUAAUGAAUACAGUCUGGAGUAUAUUCUCGAACAGGAAUCGAAACGACCAGAAGUCAGUUACAUCAACUCCGCAACGGCCAGCUGGGUGGAUGACUUCUUCUACUGGCUCAACCCUAUCAGUGAUUGCUGUAAAGAUGACAAAGGAAACACGUGCUUCAACGAAGGAGAGUGGAACAUUACACUCUCUGGCAUGCCGGUGGGUGAAGAGUUUAUCAACUUCGCAAAUAAAUGGAUCCGUGCACCAACAGACGAGGAGUGCCCCAACGGUGGCCAAGCUGCGUACUCAACUGCGGUGGUCAUUGACGAAGAGAAUGUGGAUAUUCCGGCCAGUCACUUCCGGACGUUCCACACCCCGCUCAAAGGACAGAAGGACUUCAUUGAGAGCUAUGCCGCAGCAAAACGCAUCGCAUCAGAAGUGAGCGACAAGAAUGAAGGGAUUGAUGUGUUUGCGUACAGCAAGCAUUAUAUCUUUUUCGACAUGUACAGCAGCAUUGUACGACUGACGGCGACUCUGGUCGGGGUUGCGAUUCUGAUCAUCUUUGUCCUCAGCUCGAGUCUACUUGGCAGUAUCGCAACAGGCGCAGUGGUGAGUGCCAGUGUGGUCAUGAUCGUCGUGGAUGUGAUGGGUGUCAUGGCCAUUGCGGGCGUCAGUCUCAAUGCUGUCAGUCUGGUGAACUUGGUGAUUUGCGUGGGCAUCGGCGUCGAGUUUUGCGCACACAUCGCCCGGGCGUUCAUGUUCCCCAGCAAGAGCGUCAUGGAGCGAGCCCGGCACAAGUUCCGUGGUCGCGACGUGAGAGCGUGGACUGCCCUGGUCAACGUGGGUGGCAGUGUGUUUAGUGGGAUUGGAGUCACCAAGUUUCUGGGUGUCGUGGUGUUAGCAUUCACGCGGAGUAAGAUCUUUGAGGUCUAUUACUUUCGUGUGUGGUUGGCUCUGGUUGUGUUGGCGAGUGCACAUGCCCUGGUGUGGUUGCCUGUUGCUUUGAGCUUUCUAGGAGGUGAUGGUAAGUCUCUUUUUUGUUUUGUUUUUUGUCCUGCUGUCUUGCAAGACAUGAUUAUCUGUCUGUGUUUGACCCCCGACAAAUUGCGAACUUUGACUGACCAUGAUUGUGUGACUUUAGGAUACAUCGAUCCAGAGAGCGAAGGAGGAUUGGAGGAGGACCUUGCGAGUAGAAGGUAUAGAAGCCUUUUGCCGGAUGACGAUUAUGACUCGGAUGAAGAGUAUUGAGCAGUUUUUAGCUCCCUCCUGAAUGCAGGGUACAUUGGAAGAGUCACCCAGCAUCAGGAUGGUGGUAGACUAUCUAGUAACAUUGUCAUUGUGGUGUGGCAUUUCAGAUGGAAGAUGGUUCAGGUGUAUGAGUGUGUAGGGAAAAAGGGGAAGGACAGAGAAUACCUUACUCUAUAUACAAAGAAAGACCAGAUAAACAAUAACCACAUAUUACAAAACUUGAAA